GUAGCUCGCACGAGAGGCAGGAGGGGAAAGGGCUGCCAAGAUGGUGAGAGGCAGAUCAGACACGUGGGGAUGCAUGGGCGUGGCCGCAUCUCUCACUUUCUUUUGUCUGUGUGUUGAUCGUGGUUGUGUUGUGUGUGGCUUCGGGUCUACGCAGGCGAAGGCCAAGAAGACGCGCAAGUUCGCUGCCGUCAAGCGGAUGAUCAAUCCCAAGGACGACAGAAUGUAUGAGCACGGCACAGACACAGAGAUGCGUGUGAUUCUCUCCCUCUCUCUGUGUGUGGUGUGUGUGUGUCAGCAAGAAGAACCAGGAGAAAGCGAAGGAGCAGCUGACGCAGCAGAAGAAGGGCAACAACGAUGUCAAGGACAUGUGCGCGUUGACAGACACUCUCAGCACACCUUUACACACACGUGCAUCAUACGAUGUGUGUCCGUUGUGUGUCGUUCGUUUGCAGCCCUUUGGCGUCAUCCAGCCUGUUCUUCAACUACAACACGGCGCUUGGUGCGGACACACAGCCACCACACACACACACACACCACACGUGGACGAGUCAGCGCACCUCUGGCGUGGUGUAUGCGUGUGCGUGUGUGUAGGUCCGCCGUACCAGGUGUUGGUGGACACCAACUUCAUCAACUUCAGCAUACAGGUGAGGUGCGGUGCACAGACAGACAGACAGAUGGACGACGGUGUGGAUGUGGGCUGCGUGCGUGCGUGUGUGCAGCACAAGAUGGACAUCAUCAAGGGAAUGGUCGACUGCCUCUACGGCAAAUGUAUGUGGGUACCCACACACACUCAGAGAGAGAGAGAUGGACACACACAUGAAGCGUGUGUGUUGUCCAUUGAUGGGUGCAGGCAUCCCCUGCGUCACCGACUGCGUCAUCGGCGAGCUUGAGAAGAUGGGCCACCGAUACAGGCUGGCACUCAGGCUGGCAAAGGUAUACAUACGCACACCAUACACACAACGGCCCCAAGGUUCUAUGUGUGUGUUUUCACAGGAUGUGCGCUUCAAGCGCCUGACCUGCACGCACAAGGGCACUUAUGCGGACGACUGCAUCGUCCAGAGGUGCACUGAGGUGAGCAAGGGAGGGAGGGGGGGAGGGAGGGAGGAAGGGAAAUGGGCAAACACACGAGGGCGUGUAUGUGUGUGUGUGUGCGUGUCGCUGCGCUGCGUGCAGCACAAGUGCUACAUUGUGGCGACCAACGAUCGGGAUCUCAAGAGAAGGAUACGCAAGAUACCUGGUACGGUAGGCAGGAACACAUCUAUGUGUGGGUGUUAGUAUGGCGUGUGUGUGUGUGGUGGUGUGCACCGCAGGUGUGCCCCUAAUGUAUGUGACGAACCACAAGUAUGCCAUCGAGAGGAUGCCCGACGCAAUCACAGGUACACACACACACACACUCACGAACAACACAUCUGUGUGUGUGUGUGUGUGUGUGUCAGCUGUGCCGGCCUCGAAGGUGGUCCCCGCGCUCAAGCCCAAGAAGAAGGGCAGAAAGUGAUCCUUCCUUUAUCAGAUUGAUCAAUGCUGUGCAUCCAUCAGCUGUGUAUAGGAUAGCCAGACGGACAGACAGUGACGUCAGAUUUGUCAUGCAAUAGACACACAUGCGUCUCUCAUCUUCAGAACACAUUAAUGUGCUCUC